AUGCCCCAGUACCACAGAGAACACUUCCCCAACAUGCCCCAGUACCACAGUGAACACUUCCCCAACAUGCCCCAGUACCACAGAGAACACUUCCCCAACAUGCCCCAGUACCACAGAGAACACUUCCCCAACAUGCCCCAGUACCACAGAGAACACUUCCCCAACAUGCCCCAGUACCACAGAGAACACUUCCCCAACAUGCCCCAGUACCACAGUGAACACUUCCCCAACAUGCCCCAGUACCACAGUGAACACUUCCCCAACAUGCCCCAGUACCACAGAGAACACUUCCCCAACAUGCCCCAGUACCACAGUGAACACUUCCCCAACAUGCCCCAGUACCACAGUGAACACUUCCCCAACAUGCCCCAGUACCACAGUGAACACUUCCCCAACAUGCCCCAGUACCACAGUGAACACUUCCCCAACAUGCCCCAGUACCACAGAGAACACUUCCCCAACAUGCCCCAGUACCACAGAGAACACUUCCCCAACAUGCCCCAGUACCACAGUGAACACUUCCCCAACAUGCCCCAGUACCACAGAGAACACUUCCCCAACAUGCCCCAGUACCACAGUGAACACUUCCCCAACAUGCCCCAGUACCACAGAGAACACUUCCCCAACAUGCCCCAGUACCACAGAGAACACUUCCCCAACAUGCCCCAGUACCACAGUGAACACUUCCCCAACAUGCCCCAGUACCACAGAGAACACUUCCCCAACAUGCCCCAGUACCACAGUGAACACUUCCCCAACAUGCCCCAGUACCACAGUGAACACUUCCCCAACAUGCCCCAGUACCACAGUGAACACUUCCCCAACAUGCCCCAGUACCACAGUGAACACUUCCCCAACGUGCCCCAGUACCACAGAGAACACUUCCCCAACAUGCCCCAGUACCACAGAGAACACUUCCCCAACAUGCCCCAGUACCACAGUGAACACUUCCCCAACAUGCCCCAGUACCGGAGAGAACACUUCCCCAACAUGCCCCAGUACCACAGAGAACACUUCCCCAACAUGCCCCAGUAA